CAGGAGGAAGUUUGUCCCUGAACGCGAUCCGGUGCUCAUGGUGUUGCUGGGCGACAGCUACAGUUUUUUCCCCGUCUGAUUGGAGCUCACAGGAGGUGUUCCACCCCCCCUCCCCCGGCAUUGCGCAUGUGUGCGACCAACGAUGGAGGAGUCGGAACCCGAGCGGAAGCGGGCUCGCGCGGAUGAGGCGGCCGCGGGAGGGAGCCGCUCCGAAGAUGAGGAUGAAGACGACGAGGACUACGUACCCUACGUGCCGUUGCGGCAGCGCCGGCAGCUACUGCUCCAGAAGCUGCUGCAGCGAAGACGCAAGGGAGCUGCGGAGGAAGAGCAGCAGGACAGUGGCAGUGAGCCCCGAGGAGAUGAGGACGACAUCCCGUUGGGUCCUCAGUCCAACGUCAGCCUCCUGGAUCAGCACCAGCACCUCAAAGAGAAGGCUGAAGCGCGCAAGGAGUCGGCAAAGGAAAAGCAACUAAAGGAAGAAGAAAAGAUUCUGGAGAGUGUGGCUGAAGGCCGAGCUUUGAUGUCAGUGAAGGAAAUGGCCAAAGGCAUCACAUACGAUGAUCCAAUCAAAACCAGUUGGACACCCCCACGUUAUGUCCUGAGCAUGUCCGAAGAGCGGCAUGAGCGUGUUCGGAAGAAGUACCACAUCCUGGUAGAGGGAGAUGGUAUCCCACCACCCAUCAAGAGUUUUAAGGAGAUGAAGUUUCCUGCCGCCAUCCUUCGAGGCCUGAAAAAAAAAGGCAUCCUCCACCCAACACCAAUUCAGAUCCAGGGCAUCCCUACCAUUCUGUCUGGCCGGGACAUGAUUGGCAUUGCCUUUACGGGGUCAGGCAAGACACUAGUGUUCACACUGCCCGUCAUCAUGUUCUGUCUGGAACAAGAGAAGCGAUUGCCUUUCUCCAAGCGUGAAGGGCCUUACGGACUCAUUAUCUGCCCCUCGCGAGAGCUGGCCCGACAGACCCAUGGCAUCCUGGAGUAUUAUUGCCGUCUGCUGCAGGAGGACAGCUCACCCCUACUGCGCUGUGCUCUCUGCAUUGGGGGAAUGUCGGUGAAAGAGCAGAUGGAGACCAUCCGACAUGGUGUCCACAUGAUGGUAGCCACGCCUGGACGCCUCAUGGAUUUGCUCCAGAAGAAAAUGGUCAGCCUGGACAUCUGUCGCUACCUGGCCCUGGAUGAGGCUGACCGCAUGAUCGACAUGGGCUUUGAGGGUGACAUCCGUACCAUCUUCUCUUACUUCAAGGGCCAGCGGCAGACCCUGCUCUUUAGUGCUACCAUGCCAAAGAAGAUUCAGAACUUUGCCAAGAGUGCCCUGGUAAAGCCUGUCACCAUCAAUGUGGGACGUGCUGGAGCCGCCAGCCUGGAUGUCAUCCAGGAGGUAGAAUACGUGAAGGAGGAAGCCAAGAUGGUAUACCUGCUUGAGUGUUUGCAGAAGACACCCCCACCUGUGCUCAUCUUUGCAGAGAAGAAAGCAGAUGUGGAUGCCAUUCACGAAUACCUCCUGCUCAAAGGAGUUGAGGCGGUGGCCAUUCAUGGGGGCAAAGACCAGGAAGAGCGGACCAAGGCCAUUGAGGCAUUCCGGGAAGGCAAGAAGGAUGUCUUAGUGGCCACAGAUGUGGCCUCCAAAGGCCUGGACUUUCCUGCCAUCCAGCAUGUCAUCAAUUAUGACAUGCCUGAAGAAAUCGAGAACUAUGUGCACCGGAUUGGCCGCACCGGGCGUUCAGGAAACACGGGCAUUGCUACCACCUUCAUCAACAAGGCCUGUGAUGAGUCAGUGCUCAUGGACCUCAAAGCCUUGUUGCUGGAGGCCAAGCAGAAGGUACCGCCUGUUUUACAAGUGCUGCACUGUGGGGACGAGUCCAUGUUGGACAUUGGAGGAGAACGGGGCUGUGCCUUCUGUGGAGGACUUGGCCAUCGCAUCACUGACUGCCCCAAGCUUGAAGCUAUGCAAACCAAGCAGGUCAGCAAUAUUGGCCGCAAGGACUACCUGGCCCACAGUUCUAUGGACUUCUGAGCUGUCUCUUCCCUCCUCUCCCCAAGAGGCAUCAGUCACAGGACUCCAGCCAGGCAUACACCAGCCCUCAAGACAAGAAGCCAGCUCCCUUGGCCCAGCUGGCCUGGGCAACCCCAGUGUCCCCCAGAAUUACUAUUUUUGUUCUCUUUUCUCGACUGCCAUUAAAGCACAAUCCCUUCUAUCUCA